AUGACUGACUCGAAGCCAAACACUGUGGAGUGGUUCAAUGCAGUUGCCGCCGGGUCCCUCGGGGAGGUCGAGCGCAUGGUAAAUGAGUACGCUACAUCGUGUGAUCCUCAGGGUGAAACAGCCCUUAUGAUUGCAGCACGGGGGAACAACCUUGAACUCGUCAAACUUCUUCAGGCCUACGAAACCUCCCGCCAAAAUCACGAUGGAGAGACUGCACUCAUGAUUGGCGCCAAACUUGAUCACGACGAAGUCGUAGAGUGUUUGGCUGCUGCAGAGUCCAAUAUCAAAUUACCCAAUGGAGACACGGCUCUCCACGUCGCCGUCAAACAUCGCUCUAUGAAGAGUAUCGGGAUUCUGCUCGAGUUUCUUACGACCGAGAAGAACGGCGAUCAUAAUAAUGCGCUUGAUUGUGCUGCGAUUGCAGGUGACGAAGAGCUAGUCGACUGCAUCUUAACCUCGACAAAGAAAUAUAAUAAGAAGUUGCUGGAGCAGGCAGAGCAUAAGGCCCGUGAACACUCGCAUGCAAAGAUUGCCAGCUAUCUGCAUGCCAUAGCGGCCAAGAAGGUGAGCCCGGGAAGCAUCUCGUCGUACGAGGCUCCUCAUAUCCAUAUAACGAAACUCAGCGCUGGCUGCUCUUCCACCAAGCCUACUGAAGAGAAGCUUCACGUCAUAACGAGCUCGACUGCCGAUAUCGAUAGCAACAAAUAUGAGGACGAGCUGAGAAUUCUGCGCAACGAGAUCAAUGAAAAGAACAAGAUGCUGGCAGAUAAGGAAAAGGCCCUAGAGGAGAUGGCCAGAGAGCAGAGCAUUCUCUCCAACCAGCUCAGCAAGGCAAAGGAGCAAAACAAGGAUCAAUCCGUUGUUCGUCCAGUUCGCAAGAUUAUGGGCGGAGAUUACGGUGCAUCAAACCGCGAAGAUGGCGGUCGUGCUGCCCUCGCCAACAUUAAGCAGAACGAACCUUUCGACAGGGAUUGUGAGGGCAAUACUCCGCUUAUGCUUGCUGUGGAGGAGAAACAAUUCGACCGAGCAAAGGAGCUUCUGGAUGAACAGGGUGGGCUCAAGAACAUAUACGGGACCACCGCACUCAUGAUCGCCGCCUCUAAGGGCUACCUUGACUUCGUUCAGCUUCUCUUGGAAAAGGAAGCCGGACUUCAGGCUAAUUCGGGGACGACUGCACUAAUGAAAGCUGCACACAAUGGACACUACGAGAUCUGUAAGCUCCUGGCUCCUAAGGAGAUCGGAAAGACGAGGCGCGACGGAUGGACUGCAACCAUGAGUGCUGCAACCAAUAACCACUGCGAUAUCAUUGACCUAUUAACAGAUGAGAUUGGGAUGCAGACCGUCGAUGGAACAACGGCGCUUCAUAAGGCUGUGGUGCACAAUCACCUUGAUGCGGUCAAAAGACUCGCCGGGAGGGAGCACAACUUCCGCUUAAAGAACGGUUCAACUGCCUUCUACAUGGUCAAGAAGGAGAAGAACCCAGAGAUGUACGAGUUUUUGUCGAGGUACAAGUAG